CGAAGUUCGAGUUGCAGGUCGCUCAACGCAAAUAGGCUCUGUUCGAUAUCAACCGAUCGUGAUCAACUCCAUCACCGUGUACAAUAUCAAUCUCACUGUCACAUUGUGUUUUGUAUAUACGUGCAUUUAAUUGUUUUUUUUUUCACUGUCGUUUUAUUGUUUGUUGUUUCGUUGUGUGUAUGUGUGCGUGUUGCUCAGUUAGUGUGCGUUGUAUGUAUUUGUUUGAGGUAGACAAGACAAAUUAGAGCAUUAACAACAAAAUGCAAUGCAUCUUCCCGCCACCAACCUUGCCUCUAUAGUGAACUGAUCGGAUGAAGCCUUUGCGCUGUCCGGACAACAUUCACACACUCACCGACCAACCGAACAGGAUGAGGAACUAAUUUCUGAAGGCUGUUUCGUCAAAAACUCCUGCAACAUUCCCCGGUGACCCCGAGAGAACGACAUUAUUUCCAGUACGAUUAACACGAUCAUCUUCCGCAACGGUGGACUUGCCAUUGCAGUCAAAAACGGCACGGGACUUGUGGCUUCCACGGACCCCAAAACUGCAGUACGCCUAAUUGGAACGGAAUAACACCUUUCGAACGGCAGAACAAACAAACAAACAGAAGAAAAAAAAAAUCAGUUCCGUAUACGCGGCGAACAGACCGUCCCUGAUUUGUGUGUCCGAUUUUGGUGGGCUUUAGUCGGAUUUGUUGCCUUUUUUUUGCGUACCCACACGUACGCCAUUUAAACACACACACACACACGCGUGCGCGCACACCUUUUUCGGGUGCAGAAACGACCCACGGGGCAGCAGUGUGUUUCGGUUUAGUGCAAGAAAUAUCCCGGACCCCGGCCAAAAAGGCAAUAAAAUAAAACUAAAAAUAAUAAACAACCGCUUACAACUCGGCGAAGAAAACCAGGAACCCUGCUCCUAUACCUGACCCCGGUUGAGCGUGCUGCUCCUGCAGAAGACGUUCCACUAAUUCGUACUGCAUUAUCCAUUGUAUAUGAUGAAGGUGCCAAAACAAGCCUUAGAUAAACUGAGUCAUUGAAUUGUGCUGUCCGCAGAAGCUUUUGUUUGGAAAUCUGGUUUAGUGAGCAGGUAUACAUGUAGAACCGAGUAAGAUAGAUAACUAAGUUGAUAAGGUGAACAAGGCUGACAGUAAGGCGAGUCCCAAUACGGUGUAUGUCUAACGAAAGACCUACUCUGUGGCUGUGCUAAUUAGACGAACAUUAAAAAAAAACACAUACACGCACAAAGCAAUGACUGAAUCGACAACCGGACAUCAGCAGGCACUGAUACUGUUGAUUACACUUGCUUGCACACUACUGACUCCGGUAGUACACUCGCGACAGGAGUACUAUUACUCCUAUCAAGAACCGGUCGACGACGACCUGUCGCUCUGGAUCAACGAGCAGCAGGUGAAGAUAUUUAGUGGCGUCGCAAUGAAGAUCUACGCCAUCGACAAUGGGCGCGUGUCGCCCCAUAUUCGGGAUCCAAACUUUAGCCAGUACCUGCCAGUCAUCCCGUCCGAGGUGAGCAGCGUCAACUUCACCUGGAAGGCGGGCGACAAGAAGUACUACUACAACUUCGACCGGUUGAUGUCGGUGGAUGAAAACAUUCUCAAGCCACCGACGAUCUCGAUCAAAACGUCCGGACGCGUACCGCCGAACGCCAAGGAGUUCAGUGUGAUCCUGCCAUGCUCCGGUAAUGUAUCGGGCAUUGCAAUGUUCAGCAUUGGACUCCUGAUCCAAACGCGGAAAGGCAAACCGGUCCCCGGCACGCCUCUCCGUAUCAAACUGCGUAAGGAAUGUGCACAUAGAGGACCCGACCCGGAGUGUGACAAGAAGUGCGCCAACAAGGGUGUCUGCAACGAGGACAAGAUCUGCCAGUGUCCGGAAGGUUAUAUGGGGCAGUACUGUCAGACGGCGCUCUGCUAUCCGCAGUGCAUGAACGGUGGGAACUGUACAGCGCCCGGGACCUGUUCCUGUCCGCACGGUUACCAGGGCCGCCACUGUGAGGGAGGGAUCUGUGCGGAAAAGUGCCUCAACGGAGGCAAGUGCAUCCAGAAGGACAAAUGUGAAUGCACCAAGGGUUACUACGGAUUGCGCUGCGAAUACUCAAAGUGUGUCAUACCGUGCCUGCACGAUGGCAAGUGCCGAGGGGUGAACAAAUGUCGCUGCAAGCCGGGACUGAGCGGAGAUCAUUGCCAGAUCGGGCGUCGACAACGUUCCACCUGCAAGAGACCGUGCAAACACGGGCUCUGCCAACCGAACCAUACCUGCGCAUGCGACAGCGGAUGGUACGGGCGGUUAUGCAAUCAGCGUGAGAAGAAGCGCCGUAACACCAACGGAGAUGGUGGGGGUUCAGCGAGACUUCCAAAGAAAUAAGCGGCACACCACCAGCCGGUUUGGUACACUCAAGACCGUUGGAAUCUCAAUGGGCGAGAAAAGCCUUGGAUAAAUGGUGUCCAUCAUCUUCUCCCGAUUUUCCUUUUGUACGUUGGAUGUACGUGCAUCACCUGGAUGGUAUUCUCGACUACGGAGCGUGUGUGCGUGUGUGCUAUUUUUAUUAUUAUAUAUAAUUCAAGUCAACUCAGCCUUUGAAUGUAGUCAGCUCAAGCCUGUGUACGCUGUCGCGCACAUUUACGAGGGAAGAACAAAGCCAUGAGCAAACCAGCGAAAGUAGUAGUUGCACUUCUGCCGCUUGUCCGCCAUUAUCAUGCCAACCGUGCGAAACAUUAUGAGUGAGAGAUACGAGAUGGAGUGAAUACGUAACAACAACAAAAAAGUGAUAUAAUAAAGUAAUGUCUUAUCAUGUCUUGUGCCGAGA